AGACAGAUUGACGGAGGGGCCUAAGAGCUACCUGUCUAUCAUGUCAUUUCAAACAAACACUAUCGACAGCGACGAAACUCAAGAAAAAGGAAAUUCAAAAUAAGAUUUAAAAGAAAAAAGGAAAUUCAACCCAUUUUCGCGACCUUGAAGAACUGGAUCAUCUCUGAUUCUCUGCAACUGCACCAUUCCAUACCAGACCCUUUCCCUCUUUCUUCUUUCUCUCUAUAUGCAUAUUAUAUAUUUGUGAGAGUUUUGGAGUUGUAAUUUAAUCGCCUGAAGAGGGUCUGUUGCUCUUUUCUUCUUUAAUGUUUCAUGGGUCUGUUCGAUUUUUCUGCGGAAUUGGUGGGUUGUUCUUCAAUCGAUAGUCUUGAGGAGUUUUUUUUUUUUUUUAGUGUGAGUUGAAGUGGUUUUUGGGUGAAGUUUUAGUUCUUCAGUUGGAGCUUAUACAUUUUUGGGAAUACGAAGUGGGAUUUUGGUAAUCUAAGCGGGUGUUGGAAUUUGGGAGAUUUGGGGUAAAGUGGGAGGCAAGGAGAGGGGGUUGGGGGUUUCUAAAAGUAGCGAGGAAUCUGAGGUUUUAGCAUUUGGAACUUUCUGGGAAAUUUUUGGAGCCAAAAGAGAGAAAAAAAAGGAAGAAAAGUUAUGUGAAACCAUGGUCGAAGCUUGACGAUUCUCUAUUGCUAAGCUUUCAGUUCUUUCAGAAACAGAAAAGGGGGGAAAAGGGGGAGAGGAAGAGGAAGAAAAGAGAAAACCCAACAGAUUUUUGUUGUGAUUUUUUCUUCUCCAACUUUGUCUCAUUAGCUUUUCCAUUUCACACCUGGCGGAGUUUACCAAGGCCAUUUUUCUGUGUGUUUGAGGUUUUAGAGCUUCGAUUUGGGGGAAAUGGCCAUGGCUAUGGCCCAUCACAGAGAGGGUGGCGAUGGGGGUAUCAACGGCCACCUUGACAGCUCCGGGAAGUACGUCCGGUACACGGCGGAGCAAGUGGAGGCUCUGGAGCGAGUCUAUGCGGAAUGUCCUAAACCGAGCUCUUUGCGCCGCCAGCAGCUGGUUCGCGAUUGCCCCAUUUUGGCCAACAUCGAGCCAAAGCAGAUCAAAGUCUGGUUCCAGAACCGCAGGUGUAGAGAGAAGCAGAGGAAAGAGGCUUCUCGUUUACAGUCACUGAACAGUAAACUGACGGCCAUGAACAAGCUGUUGAUGGAGGAGAAUGAUCGGUUGCAGAAACAAGUGUCUCAGCUCGUCAGUGAAAAUGGGUGUAUGCGGCAACAUUUGCAAACUGCUAAUGCACCGGCAGCGACAACUACUGAUGCAAGCUGUGAUUCAGUGGCUGCCACCCCUCAGCAUUCACUUAGAGAUGCUAGUAACCCUGCUGGACUCCUGUCUUUUGCAGAGGAGAUUUUGGCAGCCUUCCUGUCAAAGGCUACAGGAACUGCUGUCGAUUGGGUCCAGAUGCCUGGGAUGAAGCCUGGUCCGGAUUCGGUGGGAAUUUUUGCCAUUUCGCAAAGUUGCAGUGGAGUGGCUGCUCGAGCCUGUGGUCUUGUCAGUUUAGAGCCCAUGAAGAUUACAGAGAUCCUAAAAGAUCGUCCAUCUUGGUUCCGUGAUUGCCGAAGCCUUGAAGUCUUUACGACAUUCCCCACUGGUAAUGGAGGGACGAUCGAACUUGUUUAUACACAGGUUUACGCUCCUACGACAUUAGCGCCUGCCCGAGAUUUUUGGACUCUAAGAUACACCAGAACUUUGGAAAAUGGCAAUCUUGUGGUUUGUGAAAGAUCUCUGUCCGGAUCUGGCACUGGGCCUAAUGCUGCUUCUGCCGCUCAGUUUGUGAGAGCUGAAAUGCUUCCCAGUGGCUAUUUGAUUCGUCCGUGCGAGGGUGGAGGUUCAAUCAUCCACAUUGUAGACCACCUAAAUCUUGAGCCCUGGAGUGUACCAGAGGUAGUACGACCGCUUUACGAGUCGUCAAAGGGCGUGGCCCAGAAAAUGACUAUAGCAGCUCUUCGUUACGUUAGGCAAAUUGCUCAGGAGACUAGUGGUGAAGUAGUAUACAGUCUAGGCAGGCAACCGGCCGUUCUUCGAACUUUUAGCCAAAGAUUGAGCAGAGGAUUUAAUGAUGCUGUCAAUGGAUUUAAUGAUGAUGGGUGGUCUUUGAUCAAUUGUGAUGGAGCUGAAGAUGUGACCCUUGCCAUAAAUUCAAGCAAGAAUUUAAAUACAUCAUAUGAUCCAGUCAAUUCUCUUGCAUUCCAUGGGGGAAUCCUUUGUGCAAAGGCUUCCAUGCUUCUCCAAAAUGUUCCUCCCAUUGCUCUAAUUCGCUUCUUGAGAGAGCAUCGUUCCGAGUGGGCUGAUUUCAACGCCGAUGCAUAUUCUGCUGCUUCAUUGAAAACCGGUUCAUAUGCUUACCCGGGAAUGAGACCGACCAGGUUUACGGGGAGCCAAAUCAUCAUGCCGCUCGGGCAUACAAUUGAACAAGAAGAGUUGCUUGAAGUUGUGAGGCUUGAAAGCCACCCUCUUGCUCAAGAAGAUGCUUUUAUGUCCGGGGACAUCCAUCUCUUGCAGAUGUGUACUGGAAUAGAUGAGAAUGCGGUCGGGGCGUGUUCCGAACUUGUGUUUGCUCCGAUUGAUGAGAUGUUUCCUGAUGAUGCUGUGCUGCUGCCUUCUGGUUUCAGGAUCAUCCCAUUGCAUUCUAAAACAGGUGACCCAAAAGAUGCAUGGAACUCAAACAGAACUCUAGAUCUUACUUCAAGUCUUGAACUUGGCUCAUAUGCUCCCCAAGAUUCUGCUGCUGCAUCAACUUCUCAUAAUUUCAGGUCGGUUUUGACCAUCGCUUUCCAGUUCCCGUUCGGUAGCAACCUGCAGGACGACGUUGCAGCAAUGGCGAGACAGUAUGUUCGGAGUGUCGUCUCUGCCGUGCAGAGGGUUGCAGUCGCCAUAUCUCCCUCUGGAUUAAGCUUGCCCCGAGAACCGAAACUAUCAUCUGCUUGUCCAGAAGCCCUUACACUGGCUCAAUGGAUCUGCCAUAGCUACAGAUGCCAUACGGGAACAGAAUUGGUGCCAUCAGAGGGUGUGGAUAAUGACUCGGUGUUGAAAAAUCUAUGGACUCAUCAGGAUGCAUUUCUGUGCUGUUCCCUUAAGUCAUUGCCCCCAGUGUUCAUGUUUGCAAACCAAGCAGGACUUGACAUGUUGGAGACAACCUUAGUUGCCUUACAAGACAUCACUUUGGAUAAGAUUCUUGGUGAUUCUGCCCGCAGGGCUUUCUCUGCUGAUUUUUCCAACUUAAUGCACCAGGGCUUUGCUUACAUUCCUGCUGGAAUCUGCAUGUCGACGAUGGGGCGCCAUGCUUCCUUUGAACAGGCCAUUGCAUGGAAAGUCCUUGCAGAAGAUGAGUCUACUGUGCACUGUCUUGCCUUGUCCUUCGUCAACUGGUCGUUUCUGUGAUUCUUUUCCCUGUAAACUUGUUGAAAGUUAUGUAACAGUUCAGAAAAUAGGAAGGGGUUUCUUCAUUUUUGUAAUAUCUUAUCUAUAUAUCAGUCUCAGGUUUGAAUCAUAAGGAUGUAUCUGGCAGGGGAAAUUUUCUGACGAUGGCAAAUUCUUUUGUUGAAUGAUAAGAAUGGAAAAUUUUGUUGCAUUACUGGAA